ACGCUGAACCCCGCCUCGCGCUCCGCCGCCGCUCGCCUGUCUGCUUGUUGUCAUGGAGGAGCCAAGAUGGCGGUGCUGGCCUACAGCCUGGGCAAACGAGAGAUCAAUCACUAUUUCAGCAUAAAAAACGCGAAGCUGCUGUCGGCGGUGGCUGUGCUUCUGCUCGCCGUGCUCCACUCCAUCGCGCGGUACUAUGGCGGUGAAGACAGCUGUGGGUGGCUGCUCUCCAGUGGUCGCUUCCUGGGAGAGAACGUCUGGCAGCCUUAUGGCUGUAUGAUGCAUAAAUACAAAAGCAGUGAAGCAAAGACAUGUUUAGAGAGGAAAAGAGUGGCAUUUAUGGGUGACUCCAGAAUUCGCCAGCUUUUUUAUUCAUAUGUGAAGAUAAUCAACCCGGAAGUGAGAGAAGAUGGGAACAAGCAUGAGAACAUUCACAUCGAAGACAAGAGCGCUUCGCUGAAUGUGGAUUUCCUAUGGUAUGCAGAGGUGAAUAACUCUAUGAAGGAACGUUUCAUAGCCUGGACCGAGGGUACCUUGGUAAAGCCGGACGUCAUCGUCAUGGGUGCAGCUACUUGGUCCAUCAAGUUAAACAGUGGCAGCAUUGAAACUCUUCAUCAGUACAAAGCCAACCUUUCUUCCAUUGCACAUCUGAUGGAGAAGCUUGCCCAAGAGUCUGAGGUCUACUGGGUCCUGCAAGAUCCGGUGUAUGAAGAGAAGUUGAGUGACAGCAGGAAGAUGAUCACCAAUGAGCAGUUAGAACACUACAAUGAGGCUGCAGUGGACGUCCUUAACGGCAGCAAGAGGACCUCCACAACCAGGGUGAAGGUCCUCGGCGCUGCCCGACAGGCUGCUCUGGAGACCAUCUCCGAGUCCCCGGAUGGCCUGCAUCUGCCUGAAGGGACGAGGGAUGUGGGGGCCAUGGUGUUGAUGAAUGCUGUGUGCAACAAGGUUCUGAAGCCCAUCGACGGUUCCUGCUGCCAGCCGCUCCCUCCUCCAAACCUCCUGCAGAAGCUGACUGCUUGCAUCUUCCUUGUAGCCGUGGUGGUUUUCCUGGUGAUCCGCUUGCUGGGCCGCAAUAGGCACCCCAAGGGCAAGCCGGUGUCCGACGUGGAGAGUGGGGCCGAGAAGAAGCCUGCCCUGGCCACCUCAGUGGCUGGCCCCAAAGGGGCCCUCCAGGCGGUCUGCAAGAUGGGCCUCAUCAUGGCCUACUUCUACCUAUGUGACCGGGCGGACUUGUUCAUGAAGGAGCAGAAGUUCUACACACAUUCCACCUUCUUCAUACCCCUCAUAUACAUUUUUGUUCUAGGCAUCUUCUACAGUGAGAACAGUAAGGAGUCGAAGCUGCUCAACAGAGAACAGACUGACGAAUGGAAAGGAUGGAUGCAGCUGGUCAUCCUGAUUUAUCACAUAUCUGGCGCGAGUGCUUUCAUACCCGUCUAUAUGCAUGUUCGAGUCCUGGUUGCAGCAUAUCUCUUUCAAACAGGCUAUGGGCAUUUUUCCUUUUUCUGGCUCAAAGGAGACUUUGGACUGUAUAGAGUUUGUCAGGUUCUUUUUCGACUGAACUUCUUGGUCAUAGUGCUGUGUCUGGUGAUGGACCGGCCCUAUCAGUUCUACUACUUUGUGCCACUGGUGACCUUCUGGUUUGUGGUCAUCUACAGCAUCCUAGCCAUUUGGCCACAGAUUGUCCAGAAAAAAGCCAAUGGUAGUGGCAUCUGGCACCUGGGAGUCCUUGUGAAACUGGCAUGUUUGUUGUUGCUCAUAUGCUGCUUCGCAUACUCUCAGGUGCUGUUUGAGAACAUUUUCUCUGCAUGGCCCAUAUCUACACUUUUUGAGCUACAAGGAAGCAUUCAUGAAUGGUGGUUUCGGUGGAAACUGGAUCGAUUCGCUGUCAUCUACGGAAUGUUGUUUGCCUUCGUGUACUUGGUUCUGCAGAAGUGUCAGGUCCUGUCUGAAGGGAAGGGGGAAGCUCUCUUUUCAAACAGGAUCUCCAACUGUUUACUUUUUGUGUCUGUCGUCUCAUUUCUGACAUAUUCCAUAUGGGCCAGCAGCUGUAAAAACAAGACUGAAUGCAAUGAGUUUCAUCCGUAUGUUUCCGUUGUACAGAUAUUGGCUUUCAUUCUGAUCCGGAACAUUCCUGGAUAUAUUCGCUCUUUAUAUAGUUCAUUCUUUGCAUGGUUUGGCAAGAUAUCUUUAGAGCUCUUCAUCUGUCAGUACCACAUCUGGCUGGCUGCAGACACCAAGGGUAUCCUGGUUUUGGUACCAGGAAACCCCAUGCUCAACGUCAUUGUGAGCACCUUCAUCUUUGUGUGUGUGGCACACGAGAUCUCGCAGGUCACCAAUGACCUGGCCCAGGUGGCCAUCCCGAAGGAGAGCCCCGCCCUGCUGAGGAGGAUCCUGGGAAUGGCCAUCUUCCUGGGGGCUGUGCUGCUGCUGAGCACUCAGCAGACAGGGCACUAAGGGCAGACCGGCUCCAAAAAAACCUGAGUCGACAAACUUUCAAAGUUUAUUUUAAUACCACAGCAGCAGCUCGGAAUUGACUGCCUUGUGGAUUACAAGUGUACAGAUUCUCUCUUCCAGUCCUCCGUGCGAGGAGCUCCGUUUCGCACCUCGCGGAAAGAUGGCGGCAGACCCUGCACAACUGAGCCGGCUACACGAUGGCGUCGCUCUCCGGCAGCCCUGCGCUCGCGUGCCGCUGGGGCGAGUACCGCGGGAGGGGACUUGUACAAGCCCGCUGUUGCGUUUCUGCUGAAAUCAAAUUAUUUUGUACAUAUCCAAAGCAGCAAUACCUCCGUCCCCAUGGCAGCCCAACAGCGCUGUAAAGCAAAAUCGGUAACGCUCUCACCCAUUCUUCUCCAGGCGCUACAUGGCACUGUCACUGAUUGAGGGAGAUGUAAGGUGCACUCUACUUGAUGGCUUGGGGUUCCACUUUGUACAGGGUUUUUUUUUUUUUUUUUUUUUUUUUUUGCUUGUGUUUACCCAGGACUGCUUUUCAGAAUGAGGUGUUACUUAGUCCUCGCUUUUGUAAAAUGCACUUUUAAGCUUCCAUAGCAAAUAAUGUUGUGUUCUAACAUUGUUUUCCAUUGGAGGGUAAACCACUAGUGUGUGUGUGUGUGUGUGUGUGUGUGUGUGUGUGUGUGUGUGUGUGUGUGUGUGUGUGUGUGUGUUUGGACAGCCCGCUAGCUGCUUUCCAUGUGUUGUGCGCUGCAGACAUGCUCUAGUUAUUUUAGGGUGGUCUUCUGACUAUUUUACCAUGAGUGGGUGUCCAACCCUUUUACUUGGUAAACUAACUUGGGAACAGCCACAAAGCUGUGUAAGUGUUAAACUCCUCUGUGUGAAGCUGCUGAAAAAUAGGCUCCUCUGCAAACCCGGUGUGUCCGACAUUCCGUCGCUCUGCACCCUUAACGCCAUUUGAAAUGUUCUCUCUUGGACAGACAUUGGGGUUGUGUUCUGAAACUGCUGUGUUUCACAUUCGACUGCUCACGCUUAAGGCCGCAGCUGCUGAAAGGACGCUGGUGUCAUGAGUGCUCGACGAGAUGACCCUUCCUUUCAGUGCACCCGCACAAGGAAAGGUACCCAGUGCACUGCGGUUUGCACCAUGGUCAGAUUGGCAAGUGGUGUGUCGUGCGAUACCAUCAUUUAUUCAAACUCAUAGCCCAUGCAGUAAUUUUUUAUUAUUGUUAAUUGUAUAUUUUUUAUGAGCGCAAAGUAGAGCUUUUGAUUUUUAUUGAUCUGCCAUAAAAAGCUAAUAAGCAAUGGCAGAAGUUCAGUUCACAACUGCAGGAAGGAAGGCACGCUGGGCAUAAUGGCAAGGAACGAUUGAAAAAAACAGCGACGUACCAAUUUUGACCAUUCCUCUGACAGCGGUUCAGUCGUGGAAAGAUGACACUUCACCAAGAUACGACUGCUUCAGUUGGCCAAAACCAGUACUGUAGUACCGAUGAACAUAGCAUCCUGCGCUCGCUCUGUCUAGAAAGACCAAGGGCCCCAGUAAAUCGCACCCGAGCCCAUAUGACUUUUUAAUUUAUGCUUAAAUGUACAGAAGUUUGACUUACUUGAAGAUGAAGUAAAAACAGGCAGCCUCAAGUAAUUUUAGUUCUACCUUUAUGUUUAGUGUGAGCUGCAGGUGGAUUGAACAGGCACUGAUGAUGUAUGUUAGGAAAUAUUUAACUUAAAAUAUUUGUACCUUUUAUGUAACAAAUUGCACUGGCACGGUGCAGCUCAUUUAUACGCAAGAGACCGGAGCAAUUGGAAUACUAUAUUUUUGGAGAACUGUUGUGACCCCAGUACAUCCAUAUUUGAUUUUUCGGUGAGUACUUAUCUUACUUUUCAUCACUGCUUAACUGUGGUAUUGGAACUCUGAAUUAUAUUGCUUUGUAACUAAGACUGAAAAAAAAUAUAUACAUACAUAUAUUAUUGUUCAAACUGAAUUGACUUUUUUUUUGUAAAGUACCUUUGUCUUGAUUUAUAUAAAGCACAUUACCUUAUAUUGUGACCAAAAGGUAAUGUGAAUGUGUUUUGUAUAUAUCGUUUUGGUCAUGUUGUAUUUAAAGAAGCAGCAGCUAAACUUAAAUCUUUGUAUCCUUGAAGCCC